AUGGCUAAGCGACACACAAUUGAAACUGUAGACAGAAGCUUUCGUGAUAUAAUGGAUAAGGAUGUCCCUUUUGGUGGAAAAAUCAUGGUAUUUGGAGGUGACUUCCGACAAGUUUUUCAAGUGGUUCUAAAAUCUACAAGAUCUGAGAUGGCAAAUGCAAGUUUGGUGAGGUCGUAUUUGUGGCCUUUAAUGGAAAAGAUACAACUUUCAACUAAUAUGCGAGCAAUAACAGAUCAAACUUUUAGUGACUUCUUGCUUCAUAUUGGAAACGGACAAGAAACCACAAUAAAGGACAAUCUAAUAGAAAUUCCAAAACAAAUGACUAUCCAACAAAGUGGAGAUAUUAAUCCUGAAGAAUCAUUGGAUCGGGAAAUAUUCCCAGAAAUCAAACCAAAUUACAAGUCAGCACAAUAUAUAACAGAGCACACAAUGUUAGCAAGAACAAAUGAAUUUGUAGAUAAACUAAUUGCAAUAAUGAUUGAGAAAUUCCAUGCAGAAACAAAAACAUACAUCAGUUUUGACUCAACCAAAAUGAUACCAGGAACUACUAUCAAGAAGAAUAUCUCAACACAUUGA